ACCAACGAGUGGAAUAAGAAUGAUGAUCGGCUGCUGCAAGCAGUGGAGAAUGGUGAUCCUGAGAAAGUGGCUUCAUUGCUGGGUAAAAAGGGAGCCAGUGCCACCAAGCAAGAUAGCGAGGGCAAGACUGCUUUUCACCUGGCAGCCACCAGAGGGCAUGCAGAGUGCCUCAGGAUCAUGAUGACACAUGGUGCAGAUGUGACAGCCCAAGAUGGUGCAGGGCACACUGCUUUACAUCUUGCAGCAAAGAACAGCCACCCGGAUUGCAUUAAGAAGUUGCUUCAGAGUAAAUGUCCAACAGACAGCACUGACAAUUCUGGGAAAACAGCUCUACAUUAUGCAGCUUCAUGUGGUUGUCUUCAGGCAGUACAGCUUCUCUGUGAACACAAAUGUACGAUUAACAUCAAAGAUUUGGAUGGGAACAUACCUCUGCUGCUUGCAGUACAAAAUGGUCACACAGAAGUCUGUAAGUACCUUCUGGAUCAUGGAGCAGAUGUCAACACCAGGGAUAAAAAUGGAAGAACUGCUUUAAUGAUGGCUUGUGAAGCUGGUAGCCUUACCAUGGUGGAAGCCUUCCUUCGGAAAGGUGCAGAUGUCAGUUUAGUAGAUGUCUUUGGACAGAACGCCCUGCAUUACUCCAAGCUAUCUGAGAAUACAGGGAUACAGAAUAUCCUAUCAUCAAAGUUAUCUCAGGAUGUGGAUUCAAAAUCGCCAGCAAAAGCAAAGCAGCAUGAUCAAGGCUCUAAAUUAAGUUCAGAAAGAAGUGGAACUCCAAAAAAACGCAAAGCCCCACCUCCUCCUAUCAGUCCUAUUCAGCUCAGUGAUUUAUCCUCUCCACAUUCAUCAACUUCAACUCCCAUGACUGGAAAAGGGCAGGCUUUCUUUGCUGAUCAAGUGUGCAAGCAAGAAGAGCUCAGCUCCCUACAUCAGGAUAAUAGAGACAGAAUGAGUGACGGCACAACAGGUGCUGAUAGUUUAUUGGAUGUGAGUUCUGAAGCUGACCAGCAAGAUCUGCUUCUGAUGAUGCAAGCAAAAAUUGCUUCUUUGACAUUGCACAAUAAGGAGCUGCAGGACAAAUUACAGGAAAGAACACCUAAAGAAGUGAAUUCAGCUGUAGAACCUUUUCAUUCAAACCCAACAGAGUUUGAGCAAACAGCAGAUAGACAAAAUGAGUUCUCAGCUCAGGAGCUGAAGAAGUCUGUGUUAAGUGCCACACAAAUUCAAGAAAAGUUAACAAGCCCCAGUGAAGGAAAGAUGAAUUACUUCCAGGAAGACUUACAGGAUACACAGAGGAAAUCAGAGAAUUCUGAAGCCAAAAGAAAGCACAUAGAAGCUCAGGUCCAGUCUAGAGUUCUGGAAACAGAUCAUUUAAACAGCACAGACAUUUCAGAAAAUGGUUCUGAUCUUAACGUGAAGUUCCAAGAACCUCAAAACAGGUAUGAGGAAGCUGUGAAAGAGGUUUUGAAUGUACAAAGGCAAAUGAAGCCAGGUCUUGUUUCUUCUGAAAGUGAAGAAACCAGUUCUGAUCUGAGUAGGUUGAAGGUUACAUACGAAGAAGUUGAAAUGCUUAAGCAAGAAUUGAAGAGAGCAUUAGAGGAAAGUGAAAGACAAAAAGAGAAAGUGAGAGAGCUACAGAAAAAGUUUGAAGAAAGAGAGCAGAAUAUGGCAAGUAAAUUGUCUGUGGAAGAGUGUGAGGAAAUGAAGAAUUCAUAUUGUUCAGUUAUUGAUAACAUUAAUCAAGAGAAAGCAUUGUUGAUUGAGAGGUACAAAGAAGGGCAAGAGGAAAUUAAAAGGCUACAGGAGAAGCUGGCAAAUCAAACACAGUUGCAAUCUAGCACUGAAGCUGGGGAAAUGAAAGAUGAGAUGCACAGAAUGAUAGAUGACCUCAACAGACAACUUAGUGAAUUAUCUCGGUUGUACAAAGAAGCACAAGCAGAGCUUGAAGACUACAGAAAGAGAAAAACUAUAGAUGAUAUAGCUUUGGACUACAUUCCUAGAGGUGAACAUGAAAAACUGAUGCAGGUAACAAAUUCUUUGAAAUACAAAGCAGAGAAUGAGUUGUCAGAAAUGAAAUCCCAGUACACAAAAGCAUUAGAUGAAGCAGAAGAGCUAAAGCAACUGUUAGAUUCUCAGAAACAAAACUCUUUGCCAAUCACUGAACACCGUCAGGUGAUGAAUGCACUCCGAAAUACUGUAAAGAAAAUGGAGGAAGAAAUAAAUGAUCUCAAAGGACAGCUUACCAACAAGGAAAGCGAGGUAAAAAUGUUGCAGAAGGAAUUACUGGAAGAAAAAGCUGCCAUUAAUGCAGCAAUGGUACCCAAGGCUACAUAUGAAAAGCUCCAGUCAUCACUAGAGAAUGAAGUUAGUGUUUUGUCAUCCAAACUGAAGGAUGCAAUCCAAGAGAAAGAAAAUGUGUCCUUAGAUGCCAUGCAACUGAGAAACGAAGUUUUGCACUUGAAAGAAGAGAAAGAAGGUAUGCAUAGUCAGCUUGAAGCAAAGGAACGGGAGGUCACCGGUCUUCAGCAAAAGUACCACCAGGCUCAAGAAGAUCUCCUUGAAAUGAAAAGAUACUCUGAAAGCUCAUCAAAACUAGAAGAGGAUAAAGAUAAAAAGAUCAAUGAAAUGUCCAAGGAAGUUAUCAAACUAAAAGAAGCAUUGAACAGCCUUUCUCAGCUUUCCUACGCAACCGGUGCCCCAAAAAGACAAAGCCAGCAGCUGGAAGCAUUGCAACAACAAGUGAAGCAGUUGCAAAACCAACUGACUGAAACAAAGAAACAACAUCAGGAAAUUGUCUCAGUUUACAGGAUGCAUCUUCUCUAUGCUGUGCAGGGUCAAAUGGAUGAAGAUGUCCAGAAAGUGCUUAAACAAAUCCUGUCAAUGUGUAAAAGCCAAUCACAGAAAAAGUAAACAAAAAAGCCAAGGAAAACUCCCCAUUUUUAUUAAUCCUGUUAUGAGUGUUUACUUAGAUUUGUCUUACCAUAAGUUUUAAGAUUGGCAAUUUGCUGCUUUUGUGUUAUUGUGCUGUUUGUGAGGUGGAUUUGUUUGUUUGUCUCUACCACUUCCCAUGUGCAUUUGCGUGUGCAGUAACUCAACACACGCCUGCUUUUCCUACCCAAAAUGCGAGUACGUUCUUUAGACUUUUUACUUAGGCCACUCUGUGUCAUGU